CCUUCGACGAGCCACCAGUUUGCUGACCAACGCGUCUGAUCCGCUCGUCCACGGCGAUCCCACUGCGUCCCUCAUCGACCUUUCGAUUCACCCCGGCCUCGCCCACCGUUGUCGUCUGCCGGAUCCGCCAAACCACCACCCGGGCGACGAGACUGUGCUCCCCCUCAUCUGCCCUAGACCCACUCGCCAAAUGACCACUCUCUUCCGGAAAUCUGUCCGGGCCCUGCCGUUUGCAGCCCCUUCAUCUCUGGCUGCGUCGCCUGCGGUGCCCCAUCGCCUCAUUGCCGCUUUGCGGCCAAUGACCUCCUCGACGACGUACUAUCCGCCGCUCGUCCGCCUCUCCAAGGAUCUCUCGGCCCAGACCUAUGCCGUCAUCCUGUCGUCGCCUCCCGUCAAUGCCCUCACACCGACUCUGCUCCGGCAGCUGCAGGCCCAUCUCCUCCACCUGCACGCCGACCAGCAGAGCUACCUCAACCACGGCCUCAUCCUCACCUCGACGUUCCCCAAUAUCAUGUCCGCCGGGCUCGACUGGGACUGCCUCAUCCACAACGAGGAGACCGAAUCCUUCCAGGACUUCGAGAUUCGCUUCCGCAACUACCUCAACCUCUUUCAGGACUGUUGCAAGCUGCUGCUGACCAUCAGCAUGCCCACCAUUGCUGUCGUCCGUGGUGCCUGUCCAGCGGGCGGAACGGUUCUGUCGCUCUGCUGCGACGAGCGCAUCGGUGUGAGCUCGCCGUCCUUCUUGAUGGGUCUCAACGAAGUCGCCAUCGGCAUGAACUUGCCCAGCUGGAUCCACCACCUCGCCUACCAGACCCUGGGUCAGAACUCCAAAACCCGACGCUUCCUGCAACAGGGGUACCUGGUGCGUUCGGCCGAGGAGGCGCUCGAACUCGGCUAUAUCGACAAGCUCGUCUACUCCAAUGAGGACAUUGCCGAGAACGUCGGCAGCGAGCUGCGUCACUAUUUGAGCCAGCCUUGGACCGCCCGCACCCUCACGAAAAAGACGCAAAAUCAGCACGUCGUCGACUCCAUGGGGCCCGCCGCCAUCGACGAUUUGUGGAUGACCGUUGGCAGUGCCGAGUUCCAGGAAAAAGUGAAACUGUUCAAGCAAAAGAUCAGGAAUCGGGCAAAAGAUGCUUGAGACAGGCGCCCACCAGCAUGCUCUCCUCGCCCUGCCACGGCCUCCGCCCUCCCAAGUAACGAAUGGGAUACGUGGAUUAUGGAGUGGCAUAACCAUUCUGAUCGUGCGAUUGUAGAAUCGGCACCUCGGAUGGUCGACAAGCAUGCAGCUAUGAACACGAUCGCUAGAACAAUCCCAUUUUGAAACGGGAUAUCCAGUUUGGAGCCAGGGCUGUCGCUUGUUUCUGGGUCCUCAAUACACCAGUCCAUCGCUGCGCAGCGAUGCUGCAGUCCCA